AUGGGGCGGCUGCUGCGCUGCCUGUUUCCAGAGGCCCUCAGGGACCCUCGCUCCUCGCCUCCCCCCACACUCGCUAUUAAGCGAAGCAAGGACGAGCCCUCCACUCGCCAAGCACCAGCACCUUGCCAAGAUUGCCAAGCCGGCAGGCUCUGCUCAGUCCGAUGGAAGGGGGAGCGUAGGAUCGUGUGGGAAAGGCUGACUGGUCGAAACGGGAAUGGUCCAGGCCUGGGCCUGGUGCUCUUGACCGAGGCGCUUGUGUCUUAUGCUUCUGCACUUGUAGAGAUCUUCAGGACGCGGCCGCAGCCUGCGCUGAGCGUUGCCAGUCUUGCGGCGGUGCAGUGGCGGAGAAGCCAUGCUCGACGGACCCAGCGGAGGGCAGGUGACACGGGCACUCCCGUCACGUCGAGCACCGCGACAGAGACGGCAGAGACGGCGCCGGAGACGCAGGAGCUCGUCUCCGAGUCCUUAGAGUACCUGGAAGCGGACGAAGCGGACGGAGAGUCCGAGAAAUCGGCCGAACUGGCUCGCUCCUCGUCCGAGGCACAGACGCUGGUGAAGCAAGGCAAAGUGAGGAAUGCACACCUGGUCGAGCCCCCUAUGCCCGAAGGCAUCCGUGCGUAUACCCCGGGUGAAGGAUAUGGGUCAAACGCAAUACCCUUCGCUGGUGUGUCGCCGAAGACCUCCAAGCGACGCAAUGAGGGCAAUCGAAUGAAGGCAAUUGAAAUGCUCGAGCGGGCGAAAGAGGUUUCAGACCGCAAGAAAGAGGAGCUUGCCACGCGCAGGAGCAGGGCACCUUCGCAAACAGUUCCUGUGCCACGAGACGUUUUUGCAGAGCUGCAAGAGAAAGGAUGGUUAGAAGCACUGGGUGCGAGUGGCCUCUACGUGGACGUGGAAGAGCCGGGUGCAGAGCCCCAUCAUGCAAGGUGGAUUCAACUAAGUAUCUCGGGCGACGAGGAGGAGCAAGUUCGAGCAGGCGUCCUCAGGCUGAUGUCGUUGAUGGUGCCGCGCCGCAUGGGAUCUGGUUCUGCUUGA